AUGGCGAUUGAAGUACUGCCUAAGACAAAAAAAUCACUAAUCCUCAAUGCCUUCGUAGAAAUGUGUUCCGGCCAUCAAUCCCCCGGCCUCUGGCGCCAUCCUGAAGACCAAUCUCACCGUUUCAACGACCUAGAAUACUGGACCUCACUCGCUCAACGCCUUGAAGCUGCGAAGUUUCAUGGGAUGUUUAUUGCUGAUGUACUUGGACCAAAGAAUCUGGAACCAGCAAUUGUAUCAGCGGCUCAGUGGCCAGUCAAUGAGCCCUUGGCGGCCAUCCCCGCGAUGGCGGCCGUGACGCGGAGUCUGGGGUUUGGGGUUACGGUUGCUACGACGUAUGAGCAGCCGUAUCAUCUGGCGAGGAGGUUGUCGACUGUUGAUCACUUGACUAAGGGGAGAGUUGGGUGGAACAUUGUAACUGGAUAUCUCGACUCAGCGGCUCGAAAUCUGGGGCAUAUGGAGCAACCUCAGCACGACGAACGCUACGCAAUCGCAGAAGAAUAUCUCGAAGUAAUGUACAAACUCUUCGAAUCGUCCUGGCGCGACGACGCCGUGAUUCGAGAUGCCAAAACAGGCGUCUACACAGACCCCACUCGCGUCCGAGAGAUCAACCAUGUGGGUAAAUACUUCAAUGUUCCUGGCCCACAUAUCUGCCAACCCAGCCCCCAACGUACUCCUCUCUUACUCCAAGCUGGCACGUCGUCAUCAGGGAAACGAUUCGCUGCCAAGAACGCUGAGGCCAUUUUCGUAGCUGGGCACAGUCCUUCUGUUGUCAAGAAAAGUAUCGAGGAUAUUAGGACUCAAGCGAAGGAGUUUGGGAGGGAUGAGAAGAGUGUGAAGUUCUUGGCGAUGAUUUGUCCGGUGAUAGGCAAGACGGAAGAGGAGGCGAAGGCAAAGUAUGAGGAGUAUUUGACGUAUGGGAGUGAGGAUGGGGCUUUUGCGCUAUUUGGUGGAUGGACGGGAAUCGAUCUUGCGAAAUAUGGCGAUGAUGAGGAACUGAGGCAUGUGGAGAGUAAUGCUAUUCGUUCGGCGGUGGAGGGGUGGUCGAAGGCUUCUCCUGGGGUGCCGAAGUGGACUAAGCAUACUGUUGCGAGACAUCUGAUGGUUGGUGGGUUGGGUGCAACGGUUGUAGGUACGCCAGCUCAGGUUGCGGAUGAGUUUGAGAGAUGGGUUGAUGAGGGUGAUGUUGAUGGUUUCAAUAUAGCAUAUGCUAUCACGCCUGGAUCGUUCAUUGAUGUGAUUGAAUUUCUUCUGCCAGAAUUGAGAAAGAGAGGGCUGUUCUGGGACGAUUAUGAAGUGCCGGGCGGAACAUAUCGAGAGAAUAUAUACAGGAAAGAAGGUCAAACUGGGCUGCCAAGUGACCAUCCGGCACAUGGCUAUCGUUGGAAGGCUGACACAUAG